AUGUCGCAAUUUUAUUCCUCCCCUCCCCCCAAUAACCCUUACGGCGCAUCCAACACUGCAGCUCAAAACCUCCAAUUCUACCCCUCAACAUACGCUCCCGGCCCCGUCUCCGGUCACGCAACACCACAGGCAGCAUAUGGAUAUGGUGUUCCCCCCGCUGCGCAAGCAUAUCCUGGUGCUGGAGGUGGCGGGUUUGGAUUCCCAGCAAGUGGACCAGCGGGGGUUAGUGGGCGGAUGGGAGAGAGUGGUGGAUUGAGAACGGGAUGGCUAGCUGCUUUUGGAACUGAGGGUUAUGAUGGUGAACCACCAUUGUUGGAAGAAUUGGGAGUGAAUUUCGGUCACAUCAGGAGUAAGACAUUAGCAGUACUGAAUCCCCUUGCGCAUAUCGAUCAACACAUAAUGGACGAUUCUGAUCUCGCGGGACCCAUUCUAUUUUUCCUAUUAUUUGGAACCUUCCUCCUCUUUUCCGGAAAAGUACAUUUCGGAUACAUAUACGGGCUGGCGCUCCUUGGAUCCUCCUCUCUGCACCUAAUCCUUUCGCUCAUGUCACCACCUCUCAACACCGAUCCUAAUUCUCAACAACCAGUCGGUCCCUCACAUCUCUCUUCUACCCUCACAUUUCCACGGAGUGCUAGUGUGCUGGGUUAUUGUUUAUUGCCAUUAGUACUCACGAGCGUAGUGGGAAUUAUUAUGCCAAUGGAUGGACUAGUUGGAUAUGUGUUGACCACAUUGGCGAUUGUGUGGUGUACAUAUAGUAGCAGUGGGAUGUUCUGUGCGGUCGGCAGAAUGAAGGGGAUGCGAGGACUAGUCGCUUAUCCUCUGGCCUUAUUCUACGUUGGCUUUGGAAUCAUGGGUAUUUUCUCAAGCAGAGGGGUUGGAACUUUAGGAAAGGUUGCGGGAGCAUAA